AAUAAUACCAAUUAACUGAAUUUUUUUUUUUUAUUUUUUUUAUUUGUAUUUUUAUUAUUUUUAUUAUUAUAAAUUUUUAUAUUUUUGAUUACAAAUAUAAUAAUAAUAAUAAUAUUAAAAAAUAUAAAAACAUUAAUAAUUUAACCUGAAAAUGAUAAAUAAUUUAUUUUCAAUUUUUGAUCCAUCAACAAAUAUCUUUAAUUUACCCCUUAAUUGAAUUAGAACAUUUAUUGGAUUAAUAUUUAUUCCAUAUUCAUUCUGAUUUAUCCCUAACCGACAUUUUAUAUUAUGAAAUUUCAUCUCUAACAAACUUCACAAUGAAUUUAAAACAUUAUUAGGACCAAAUAGAACUAGAGGAUCAACAUUUAUCUUUAUCUCACUUUUUUUUUUUAUUUUUUUUAAUAACUUUUUAGGUCUUUUCCCAUAUAUCUUUACAAGUACUAGUCACUUAAAUAUCUCCUUAUCAUUAUCUUUAACUUUAUGACUAAGAUAAUUAUACGGAUGAAUUAAUAAUACUCAACAUAUAUUUAUCCAUAUAAUUCCCCAAGGAACCCCAAUAGUAUUAAUACCUUUUAUAGUAUUAAUUGAAACAAUUAGUAAUAUUAUUCGACCUGGAACUUUAGCUGUACGUUUAACAGCUAAUAUAAUUGCAGGACAUUUAUUAAUCACUUUAUUAAGAAGAACAGGUAUUAAUAUACCUAAUUACUUACUAAUUAUUUUAAUUUUUAUUCAAAUUUUAUUAUUAAUUUUAGAAUCAGCAGUAUCAAUUAUUCAAGCUUAUGUAAUUACUAUUCUUAGAACACUUUAUUCUAGAGAAACUAAUUAAUGACAAAUAAUCAAAAUCACCCAUUUCAUUUAGUUGAUUAUAGACCUUGACCAUUAACAGGAGCUAUUGGAGUUAUAACUUUAGUUACAGGAUUAGUAAAAUGAUUCCAUAAUUUUAACAUAAACCUUCUUAUCUUAGGUUAUUUAAUUGUUUUAUUAACAAUAUAUCAAUGAUGACGAGAUAUUUGCCGAGAAGGAACAUUCCAAGGUAAACACACAAUUUCAGUAUCAAAAGGACUCCGAUGAGGAAUAAUUUUAUUUAUUAUCUCAGAAAUUUUCUUUUUUAUUUCAUUCUUUUGAACUUUCUUUCAUAGAAGUUUAGCACCUAAUAUUGAAAUUGGAAUAAUAUGACCCCCUUCAAAUAUUUUAGCUUUUAACCCAUUUCAAAUUCCUCUUUUAAAUACCAUUAUCUUAAUUACCUCAGGAAUUACCAUUACUUGAUCUCAUCAUGCACUAAUAGAAAAUAAUUUUACUCAAACAUCACAAAGAUUAUUCAUUACUAUUAUUCUAGGAAUUUAUUUUACUAUUCUCCAAGCUUAUGAAUAUAUUGAAGCCCCAUUUACUAUUGCCGAUAGAAUUUACGGAUCAAUCUUUUUUAUAGCAACAGGAUUUCACGGACUUCAUGUUAUUAUUGGAACAAUCUUUUUAAUUACCUGUUUUAUCCGACACUUAAAUAACCACUUUUCAAAAAACCAUCAUUUCGGAUUUGAAGCUGCUGCAUGAUAUUGACAUUUUGUAGAUGUUGUUUGAUUAUUCCUUUAUAUUUCUAUUUAUUGAUGAGGAAAUUAACUA